UGCCCGGAAGCGGUGCACGUGGGGCGGCCAUGGGCUCGCGGGCGGAGGGCGCCCCCCUUGCGGGGCCCUGCGAGCUGCCCGCUGAGGAGGAGAUGUCCGAGCUGUCUGACGGCGAGGAGGCCUGGGAGGAGGAGGAGGAGGAAGGGGAAGGCGCUGCCGCCGAGUGCCUGCGGACCCGCUGUCUCUUCUGUGAGAGGUUGUUUAGUUCUGCUGAAGAUGUUUUCUCCCACUGCAAGACAGAGCAUCAGUUUAAUAUUUGUGAUGUGAUCAAGAAACAUGGACUUGAUUUUUAUGGAUAUGUUAAACUAAUAAACUUUGUUAGAUUAAAGAAACCAACAGCAGCAUAUCUGUGUUCUCUCAGCAGCCCACUGCCUUGGGAAGGAGAGGAUUAUUUGAAACCAGAGCUACAGGAUGAUCUCCUACUUCAGUUUGAUAUAGAAGAUCUUUGUGAACCUGCAGACAUUUUGCCUUCUAAUGGUUUAAAUGAUACCAUGAUGCUCCUUGAACAAUUAAAACAUGCAGAACACAGAGCAAGACUCGCAGAAGCAGCCUUGGCUAGGGCACAAGAUGAUCUUCAAAAAAUGAAACGAUUUGCCCAGGAUUUUGUGAUGAACGCAGAUGUCAGGAGCAGCUCGGCUUCCAGCGCCAUUGCAGACCUGCAGGAGGAUGAGGAUGGUGUUUACUUCAGCUCCUAUGGGCAUUAUGGGAUACACGAAGAGAUGCUAAAGGAUAAAGUACGUACAGAAAGCUAUCGUGACUUCAUCUAUCAAAACCCACAUAUCUUCAAGGACAAGGUGGUUUUGGAUGUUGGCUGUGGAACUGGAAUACUCUCCAUGUUUGCUGCCAAAGCAGGUGCAAAGACAGUGAUUGGUGUUGACCAAUCUGAAAUCAUCUAUCAGGCUAUGGACAUCAUUCGAUUAAAUAAACUUGAAAACAUCAUUACAUUAGUCAAAGGAAGAAUUGAAGAAGUAGAUCUGCCUGUUGAAAAAGUGGAUGUAAUUAUAUCUGAAUGGAUGGGUUAUUUCCUUCUCUUUGAGUCAAUGCUGGAUUCUGUCAUCUAUGCAAAGGGCAAGUACCUGGCAGAGGGAGGCUCAGUUUAUCCUGACAUUUGCACCAUUAGUUUAGUGGCUGUUGGAGAUAUGAAUAAACAUGUGGAGAAAUUACUUUUCUGGGAAGAUGUGUAUGGUUUUGACAUGUCUUGCAUGAAGAAGGCUGUGAUUCCAGAAGCUGUUGUGGAGGUGCUGGAUCCAAACACAGUGAUAUCUAUGGCCAGUGUCAUUAAGCACGUUGACUGUAACACUGCAUCCACUUCAGAUUUAGAAUUCUCUUCAGAUUUCACCCUGGCCAUUACAACAAGCACAAAGUGCACGGCAAUUGCUGGUUAUUUUGAUAUAUCUUUUGAGAAGAACUGUCACAACAGGGUCUUGUUUUCAACUGGUCCCCAGUGUACCAAGACACACUGGAAACAGACAGUUUUUCUCCUGGAGAAACCAAUUCCUGUAGAAGCAGGUGAGGCCUUGAGAGGGAAGAUAACAGUCUGCAAAAACAGGAAGGAUCCACGGUCCCUCUUUAUAACCUUGGCAGUGAAGGACACAAAGCAGACCUACAGCCUUCAGUGAAGACACUGUGACAUAUAACUUUGGAAAAUGUCAAAUGUAAAUGUUAGAUUUAACUGUUGAUAACUGUUUCUAAAUGCCCCAAAAAUGGUAAACUCUUGGGUUUUUAUACGAAUGGUUUACCCAAAUUGAGAGAGCACUGUUUGGAUGCUUUUGCACUGGGAUAUGGAAGACUGAUGAUGAAAUUGGAUUCUGCUGGUCUUCACAUGAUAUAGGGAAGGGAAGAAAGAUGGUUUGGGGCUGCAUGAGACUUCUAGGUGAGAAAAAUCAGCUUAAGUAAAUAUGAUCUGUAAAUAUUGUUUUAUUCUCCAGCUGGAAAAAAUCCUUGUGCAACAUUUUUAGUAAAGAAGAAGCUAAAUCACAUGCCAGUGCCCCUGAGUAGGAGCUGGAAAAUCACAAGUGGAAUAAGUUUGGAACCAACUGCUGCAUUUCAACAACAAAGACUAUUUUUAUUACACUUCUAUACCUAAAAAAUUGUAUCACAUUUCAGUGACUUUUAUCCAAAUAAAAGAACCAGGUAU